CGAGUCACGGCUACGCUGCGAGACGAACGGGUACACCGGUCAAGGUACUUAUUAGAUAGAUGCAUAGAGAAUCGCGAUUGAGGAUGACUUUGACAGCGAGCCUAUUUUUGUGCGCGUGUGCGUUCAUGCUCGGCGCGGAGGCGAUCGGCAGGUACAAGGGCUUGGAGUUUUUGGAACCAUGCUCCAUGAGGGACCGGAAUUUGGAGAGCUGCCUCGCGAGGUCGGCCAACGUCCUCACUGAAAACUUCCGUCACGGUCUGCCUCAACUGGGCUAUUCAGACGUCGAGCCAAUCAUUUUGGAUGAACUCCACAUCGCUCUGGGCGGUGGACCAGACGGUUACAGGGCUCAGUUCAAGGACAUCACCGCGAAAGGCGUUUCCGCGUUAAGGGUGACAGGUUUAAGGGCCAGACUCUCCGACGACGAAGUGCAGCUGCAGUUGGCGCUGAGCAUUCCGAAGAUCAGAGCCGCGGCCAAGUACCGAUCCAGCGGUACCUUAAUCCUGGUGAAAGCCAGCGGUGCUGGUGAUUAUUGGGGAGAGUACGAGGGCGUCAAGGCAAAGGUGUUCAUCAGAGCGAAGCCGUUCUUGGUUCAAGGCCGCCGCUACUUGAGGCUACAACAACUGAAGAUGGACUUUAGCGUGCAGAACAUCCGAAUGGGCGUCGAGAACGUCCGCGACAGCAACUCGAUAAUACUUGCUGCACUGAACUUGUUUAUUAAUACGAAUAGUCAAGAACUGCUGAAAGAGAUGAAACCGGACCUCAGGCGGAAGUUGGUCCAAGUGAUGACGACCUUCGUCGAGAAGAUCUUCGCUCAAGUACCAUACGACGCCUGGAUCGUCGACUAAGAAUCGCAAAAUUGCGUAUCGCGACAUCACGAACGGUUCACACUCAUCAUUCUUACACAGCGUUCUCGAGAAAGAGGACCUCGCACUCCCAUUUUCAUCGAAAUUUUCAUGACAGCGUAGAAAUUUCAACGAUCGCUGAUACGAAAGCGAUAAAGGGUUAAUUAUUGUGUAAAUUAGUCAAAUAAGAAC